AAUAACAACAACAACCAGCAUGUAUUCUCAGUGAUGUUUUCCAUUUGAGGGACAGUGUCUUUUGGCUAGAAACAAGCUGCCCAGAGAAACUGUGGUGCCCCAUCCCUGCAGGUGCUCAAGGCCAGGUUGUAUGGGGCCCUGGGCAGCUGAGCUGCUGGGGGGCAGCCCUGUGCAUGGCAUGGGGUGGGACUGGAUGGGCUUUGAGAUCCCUUCCAAUCCAUGCCAAUCUGUGAUUCUAAAGUUCCUCCAAAUCAACUAACUCAUUUUGGGCACGCAAUUCUCUUCCUAAAAAGUGCUGUUUCUUGCUGCGGCAUAUAUGGGAUAGUCCUUGUGGGGUGCUGCAUGGACGAGCUGUGUGACAGCCCUUAAAACAAGGAAGCAAAGUGUGCAUGGAAUUUAAAUGAAAUACCUGGGAACAGCUCUGUCUUGAAUUUCUUCAACCUGUUUCUGUAUAAGUUCCGGAAGCAGCUGAUCAUUAAAGCCGCAAAGCCUUUCCGCAGGACAAAAGCAGGCAGUCCUUGGGAGAGAUAAACCUUUAGUUGACAAACAUGGCUGCACUACUAUGUGUGCGCGGAGUGGAACACAUCGGCACGGUAUGAGGUCUCACAGCUCUGGGGGACGCACUCGCAAGGAAAGCCUCAAUUUUUCAAGCCCUUGGCGAUGUCAGUCACAUAGGAACGCUGCGCAAUGCCUUGGCUUAGCAGUGCCUCCCCCGCCCUGCCCAGACGCUUCGCACCGUCCCCAUCUCCCUCCCCACCACGCUCCCGCAGAGCACCAGCUCAUUCAUUGCGACUCUCCAGAACUUUUUCGGGCGCUCAGCGAUCACAGCUGGGAGAGCUGCGGGGAGGGGGCACCUCGAUGGGGCUCCGUGGGUGUGCAUGGGUGCGGGAGCGGGGCGGAGCGGCCGGGGGGAGCCUAUAAGACGGGCGCGCUCGGCGGGGCGGGCAGCGGAGAGUCUCUACCGGCUGCAGCAGCGAUGGUGACGGGCAGCGGCGGGCGGCGGCUGCUGCUGGUUCUGCUGGCGGCGGUUGCACUGCUCGGGGCGCCGGGACGUGGCCAGCCCCGAGGUCUGUUUCCUGCCAUUUUGAACCUGGCCAGCAAUGCUCACAUCUCCACCAAUGCCACCUGUGGGGAGAAGGGACCAGAGAUGUUCUGCAAAUUGGUUGAGCACGUCCCAGGACGGCCACUGCGCAAUGCUCAGUGUCGAGUUUGUGACCGCCACAGUGCCAAUCCCAAAGAACAGCACCCAAUCUCCAGUGCAAUUGAUGGUACAAAUAACUGGUGGCAAAGUCCCAGCAUUCAGAAUGGGAGGCAAUACCACUGGGUCACCAUCACUUUGGAUCUAAGACAGGUCUUUCAAGUUGCAUAUGUCAUCAUCAAAUCUGCUAAUGCUCCACGACCUGGAAACUGGAUUUUGGAACGCUCCAUAGAUGGCACAGAGUUCAAACCAUGGCAGUACUAUGCAAUUAGCGACACAGAGUGUUUAACUCGUUAUAAUAUUACACCAAGAGUUGGGCCGCCAACUUACAAGAGAGAUGAUGAAGUGAUCUGCACCUCUUACUAUUCCAGACUAGUUCCUCUGGAACAUGGAGAGAUUCACACAUCUCUGAUCAACGGCAGGCCUAGCGCUGAUGAUCCUUCACAAAAGCUUUUGGAAUUUACUUCUGCGCGAUACAUUCGCCUACGACUGCAGCGUAUUAGAACCCUUAAUGCUGACCUCAUGACUCUCAGCCAUCACGAUCCAAAAGAACUCGAUCCCAUUGUUACCAGAAGGUACUACUAUUCAAUAAAGGACAUCUCUGUUGGUGGCAUGUGUAUUUGCUAUGGACACGCUCGAAGCUGCCCCCUGGAUGAAGUCACAAAGAAAUUGCAGUGCCAGUGUGAGCAUAACACGUGUGGCGAGAGCUGUAACAGAUGCUGUCCGGGUUACCAUCAAAAACCAUGGAGACCAGGAACCAUUUCUGCUGGGAACAAAUGUGAGAAGUGCAACUGUCAUAACAAAGCUGAGGAUUGUUAUUACAAUCAGAGUAUUGCAGAUCAAAAAAGGAGCAUGAAUAUUCAUGGCCAGUACACAGGAGGUGGUGUCUGUUUAAACUGUUCUCAACAUACUACUGGGAUCAACUGUGAAAUGUGUGCUGAUGGAUAUUUUAGACCACAGAAAGUUUCUCCCUAUGACGAUCAUCCAUGCUAUCCUUGUGGCUGCGAUCCAUUUGGGUCUCUGAGUUCUGUCUGUGUUAAAGAUGAGCACCAGUCUGAUUCACAGCAUGGGACUUGGCCAGGGCAGUGUCAAUGCAGAGAUGGUUACACAGGGGAAAAAUGUGACCGUUGUGCAUUUGGAUAUCGGGGUUAUCCAAACUGCUUGCGUUGCAACUGCAGCCUUGUUGGUAGCAUUAAUGAAGAUCCAUGCACAGAACCUUGUCUUUGCAAAGAAAAUGUAGAAGGUGAAAACUGUGACCUCUGUAAACCAGGAUUCUACAACCUCCAAGAAAGAAAUCCUCAAGGCUGCACAGAAUGCUUCUGUUUUGGGGUUUCUGAUGUCUGUGACAGCCUAACAUGGCCCAUCAGUCAGAUUUCAGACAUGGCUGGAUGGCUUAUUACUGAUCUCUAUAAUGCAAAGGGUGUGCAACCUCAGCGAGGCCAAUUUGAUGGUCCCCGUCAAAUAAGCAUCAACAACACUGAUGCUGUGAAAAUUCUGAAACAUACUUACUACUGGUCAGCACCUGAACCGUAUCUAGGAAAUAAACUCACAGCUUUUGGUGGGGAUUUGAAGUAUACCGUGUCUUACGACAUUCCGAUGGACAGUAUGGACAGUGAUAUAGUAUCUAGCGUGGAUGUCAUCAUUAAGGGCAACGGUCAGAUUUUGAGCACAAGAGCAGCGGGUUUGUCAUUACAGCCCUAUGAGGAGUACUCUAAUUCAGUGAGAUUGGUAUCAGACAAUUUUAUAGAUUUCAAUACAAAAAAAGCCAUAGACCGAGAAAGGCUGAUGACUGUUCUGGUGAAUGUGACCCAUCUUCUGAUCAGGGCCAACUACAACAUUGCCAAAAAAGCUGUGUACAGGCUGGACUCAGUGACCCUGGACAAUGCAAGUGCAAAUGUAAUAGAUCUUUCUUCAUCAGCAGAUGUGGAAUUCUGUGAAUGUCCUCAAGGUUAUACAGGAAUAUCAUGUGAGUCCUGUCUCCCUGGGUACUACCGAGUGGAUCGAAUACUCUUUGGUGGUAUUUGUCAACCCUGCAAAUGCAAUGGGCAUGCAACUGAAUGUGAUACUCAAGGUGUUUGCUUUGCUUGUCAGCACAACACGACAGGACCUUUUUGUGAUCAGUGCUUGCCUGGCUUUUAUGGAAGUCCAUCCCAAGGAACUCCUGAGGACUGCCAGCCCUGUGCCUGUCCUCUGAGCUCUGCUGCAAACAAUUUCAGUCCUACUUGCCAGCUGAGUGAAGGAGAGGGAAUUGUCUGUGAUAAAUGUCUUCCAGGCUAUACUGGCUCUCGGUGUGAAAGGUGUGCAAAUGGUUACUAUGGAAAUCCACUGGUGCCUGGACAGUCGUGUGCUCCUUGUGAAUGCAAUGGCAAUGUAAACACUCAAGAAGAUGGUUAUUGUGAUACUGCCACAGGUCAAUGCUUGAAAUGUGUGGGGAACACAGCAGGUCUUCACUGUGAAAAGUGUGCUGAUGGGUACUAUGGGGAUGCAGUGACUGAGAAAAGUUGCCGUGCCUGUGAGUGCCAUGUGAAUGGCUCCCUUUCCAGCAUCUGUCAUCACAAGACAGGCAUCUGUGACUGCAAGUCAGACGUGAUUGGACAAAAAUGUGACAAGUGCUUGAAUGGCUAUUAUGGCUUGCUUACUGGACUUGGCUGUGUUCCCUGCAACUGCAGUCAAUUUGGCUCCAUCUCUGAAGACUGCAAUCAUCAAGGGCAGUGCCACUGCUUACCAGGAGUGACUGGAGAAAAGUGUGAUCGCUGUGCUCAUGGCUUUCACUCGUUGCAGAAUGGUGGCUGUACACCCUGUGACUGUGCUCAUACUCAGAACAACUGUAAUGCAGAGUCUGGUAAAUGCAUUUGUCCCCCUCAUACUCGGGGACCAAAAUGUGAACUGUGUGAAGAAAAUCACUGGGGACUCUCUCCUAAACUUGGCUGCAAGGCCUGCAACUGUAGUGGUUCUGGUUCAAAUAGUCUUCAGUGUGAUGUUUUGACGGGUCAGUGCCAGUGUAAAGCUGAAUUUGGAGGACAAAACUGUUCCAGAUGUGCAUUAGGCUACAGGGACUACCCAGACUGUGUUGCUUGUGACUGUGACUUAAGUGGAACCAAAGCAGAGAUGUGUGAUGUCACUGAAGGACUUUGUGCUUGUGAAGAAGAAACUGGUAUCUGUACCUGCAAGGAAAAUGUGUUUGGGCUACAGUGCAGUGAGUGUAAACCUGGAACUUUUGCUCUGUCUGCUAACAACACACUAGGUUGUAUUCCAUGUUUCUGUUUUGGGAUGUCCACAUCUUGUUUGGAAGUAGAAGAUCAUGUGAGAAUUCCUAUAACCUUAACUCCAGACCAGUCUGUUCUGCAUGUAGUAGCUCAAAGUAACCUGACUGGAACAGUGGAAGGAGUAUUUUCACAAUUUCCUGAUGUUUUACUGGAUGCUGCCAUUGUCAGAAAGUACUUAAAUACAGAAACAUUUUACUGGAGGUUACCAGAGCAGUUUCAAGGAGACCAGCUCAUGGCAUACGGAGGCAAACUGAGAUAUAGUGUUGCUUUUUAUGCUUUGGAUGGCUUUGGAACCUCAAAUUUUGAGCCACAGAUUCUAAUGAAAGGUGGUCAUACCAGCAAAUUGGUCAUCUAUGUAGACAGCCCUUCUCCAGAAAAUGGAAUAAGAAGUGAGAAAGAAGUGGAAAUGAAGGAGGAUUCUUGGAAGUAUUUUAAUUCUGUGUCUGACCAGCCUGUCUCACGUUCUGACUUCAUGUCUGUGCUAAGCAAUAUUGAAUACAUCCUUAUCAAGGCAGCCUAUGGCCAAGGAUUACAGCAAAGCAGAAUUGCAAAUAUCUCAAUGGAAAUUGCAGUGAAGUUUGAAGAGAUGCAUCUAGGCAGAUCUAGAGCUCAUCUUAUAGAGCAAUGUAGAUGUCCUACUGGCUAUGCUGGAUUCUCAUGCCAGAGCUGUGCUCCAGGAUACUACAGGGAGAAACCUAAGGAAUUCAGUGUAAGAGAGACUCAUAGUAUUAUAGCACCUUGUGUGCCAUGUCAGUGUAAUAAUCACAGCGAAACCUGCGAUCCUGAAACUGGAAAGUGUUUGAACUGCAGAGAUAACACAGUUGGCGAUUACUGCAGUGCUUGUGCUCCAGGCUACUAUGGAAAAGUAAUUGGAUCUGUCAACGACUGCUCUCUUUGUGCUUGUCCCAGAGCCAACCCUGUUAGUUUUAGUCCUACUUGUAUCCUGAAAGGCGUCCGCGAUUACCACUGUGAUGCUUGUCUCCCAGGUUAUGAAGGACAGUACUGCGAAAAGUGCUCCCUUGGCUACUAUGGUGACCCUCAGCUUCCUGGAGGCAGCUGCCACCUGUGUCGAUGCAAUCCAAGUGGUUCUGUUCAUCUUAAUUGUGAUCGUGCGACUGGCAAGUGCCUCUGUAAGCAGGGAGUGACAGGACAGCUCUGUGAGGAGUGUGAACCAAGACAUCUUCUUCUGGAAGAAGAGUGUGUUUCUUGUGAUGACAACUGCACAGGAGUUUUGCUAAACAACUUGGACGGUCUCAGUAAAGACAUACUUUCACUGAACAUUACUGGUAUUGUCCUCGUGCCCUCUGGGAUACUAUCAGAGCUGGAGAAUGCAACAAAACAUUUAAAGGGCUUUAUAGCUCCUAGAGAGGAUCCAACAUACUCGUUAGCUACGGCAGAAGAAGGUCUUCUGAGUUUGUCAAGAGAUGUUGAUCAGUUGCCUGAAGAGUCAUCUAGAAUUUUGAGAAAAGCUUGGCAACUUAACACAAUGACUCAGGAAACCAGGAGUAAAAGUAAAGAACUGAGCGGAUUUAUUGACACAGUACAUACAGCCAUCAAAGUACUUGCUGAAGUUGCAAUGUCACUAAAUGAAACACUGGGCCUGGACCUCCCACUGUCAAAUGUUACAUCUCAGAGCCUACAGGAUGAUAUUUCAACCCUACUGAAUGAACUGCGCAAGAAAGAUUUUGUUCAAAGGCACUAUAAUGCUACCAGUGUUCUAAAAGCUGCAGAAAAUUUGUUGCUCCACGUUCAGAAAGACUAUCUUAAACCCCAGAAGGAGCUUGCUGAGCUGAAAAAAGAUGCAAGCCAGCUCUUAUCAAAGCACAACAGCAAACUGCAAGAUGCCCAGGAUCUGGUGAAUGAUGCACUUGCUGACAUCAAUGAGACAAAUCGCUUGUUUCCUCUUAUUUCUAGUAACCUGGCAGAGUUAAAUGAAAAGAAGCUGAGUAUAAAGGAAAAUAAAGAAGUCUCAACCAUGCUUAUUAAAGAAGGAAAAUUCCUUGUAAAUGUUGCUGCUGCUCUUUCCCAAGAUGUAAAGAACUCUACAUCAAACUUGGAGGUCCACCAGGAUGAGCUACUCCAGUGGAAUACCAACUUGAGACACCAUGUGGAUGAGCUGGUGAUGCAGAUGUCUGUGAGAGGAGUGCUUGACCUGGUAUACAGAGCUGAGGAUCAUGCCGCUCAGUUCCAAAGACUUGCAGAUGCACUGGAGAGUGGCCUCUCAAAAGUAAAAGAUGUGACUUUGAAUGCAACAGCUGCAGUCUAUACCCACUCCAAUGUUAAAAAUGUGAUUGAAAGGACAGAGAGUUUGGCAGAUGAUGCAUCUAGGAUUGUGAAUGGCCCUUUGGAUUUACCAGAUGAAUCUCUCAGUCUUCUUGGUAAAGACACUCUGCAGCUUAGCUCCAAAGUUCAGAAUGAAGCUAAAAAUCUGAAGAAAAAAAGUAACGGCCUUUUAUCUGAAUUGAAUGGAUUGAGCAAAAAAAUAGAAAAGAUUCAGGAAAGUACUGUUAAAAUUGUCAACCAGCUUAAUGAUUCCCUGUUGGCACUGAAAGCGUUGCCCAAUGGUACAAGGAAAUACAUGCUGGAAGUGAAAGAGCUGGCUGUAUAUGCAAACAUCAGCACUAUGGUGGGUUUAAACCACUUUGGGGAUUUCAGUCAAAAGCUGCUGAAUGCUUCAUCUACAUUGUCCCAAGUUAAUGGCACAUUGAGGAAAACCAGUGAGCUUAUAAUUGAUUCAUCAAAAGCUGUAAUCACAGCUGAAAAACAAGCUAAAGAAGUUGAAGCACAAGCGAGACUUUUACUUGAUAGACUGAAACCUCUGAAAACGCUAGAAGAGAAUCUGAGCAGAAAUUUGUCUGAAAUUAAAGAGCUCAUCAGUCAAGCCCGGAAACAAGCAGCAUCUAUUAAAGUUGCAGUAUCAGCAGACAGAGAUUGUGUUCGUGCCUACCAGCCCCAGAUUUCAUCUACAAAUUACAACUCUUUAACCCUUAAUGUGAAAACUACUGAACCGGAUAACCUCCUUUUCUACCUGGGUAGCAAUGGAAAGACAGACUUCCUUGCUGUGGAGAUGCGACGUGGUAAGGUAGCUCUUCUUUGGGAUUUGGGCUCAGGAUCAACAAGAGUAGAAUACCCUGAUUUUCAAAUUGACAACAACAAAUGGCACAGAAUACAUGCAACCAGGUUUGGAAAAACAGGUACACUCAGCAUAGAGGAAAUGAACUCCAAUCAGAAGUCUUCACCUAAAUCUGCAACCUCACCGGGAACAGCUAGUAUACUAGAUGCUAACGAAUCAACACUAAUGUUUAUUGGAGGACUUGGAGGGCAAAUUAAGAAGUCACCUGCUGUUAAAGUAACACAUUUUAAAGGAUGCAUGGGAGAAGCAUCCCUGAAUGGAAAAUCUAUUGGUCUUUGGAACUACGUAGAAAGAGAGGGCAAGUGCAGUGGAUGUUUUGGAAGCCCACAAGAUGAAGACACUUCAUUUCAUUUUGAUGGCAGAGGAUACUCAGUUGUUGAGAAGGCACUUCGGUCAACAGUGACUCAGAUAAUAAUAUUCUUCAGCACCUUUUCACCUAAUGGCCUACUUCUGUAUCUUGCUUCAAAUGGCACUAGAGAUUUCUUGUCCCUUGAGCUUGUUGAUGGCAAAGUGAGACUGGCUGUUGAUCUAGGCUCAGGACCUCUUGUUCUGACAACAGAAAAUCGUUACAACAAUGGAACAUGGUAUAAAAUUUCAUUCAGUCGGAACAAGAAACAAGGAAUGCUGGCAGUCACGGAUGCAUAUAACCUUAAUUACAAAGAAACCAAGCAAGGAGAAGCACCUGGGGUUGCCUCAGACUUGAAUCGCUCUGAUAAGGACCCAAUCUUCAUUGGUGGGCUCCCAAGAUCAAGGGCUGUGAGGAAAGGUCUUAAUAGUAGGAUGUAUGUGGGAUGCAUCAAGAAUCUGGAAAUAUCCCGUUCAACCUUUGACUUGCUUAGAAAUUCAUACGGAGUAAGAAAAGGCUGUAUAUUGGAGCCUAUUCGUAGCGUGAAUAUCUUGAACAAUGGAUAUAUCGAGUUGGAACCUAAGUCCUUAAGUCCAGAAUCAGAACUGAUGGCAACUUUUGCUACAAAGAACAGCAAUGGUAUUAUCCUUGCUGGACUCAGUAGGGGACUGGAGAAGCGACGGCGCAGACAAGCACAUUUGCCCUUCUUUUCCAUUAUGCUGAUUGAUGGUCAUCUUGCAGUGCAUGUUAAUGCUGGAGAUAGAGCAAGUACUAGAAAAGUAAUUCUUAGGUCUGCUAAUGGAACAUACAGUGACGGACAAGAACACUCUGUCAUCCUAAUUCGGAAUAAGAGAAUCAUAACUAUACAGGUGGAUGAAAGUAACCCCUCAGAACUGAGGCUUGGUUCAUCAGCAGAAAUGAGCCCUAUGAACAUUUCCAACUUCUAUGCUGGUGGCAUCCCUGCAGGAGAGGGCUUCUUUGGGCUAAAAAUGGCUGGUUCCUUUUAUGGCUGUAUCAGCAAUCUUAUUUUUAACAAGGAACUUUUGGAUUUCACCACUUCCAUGAAGUAUGAACAUGUGGAUAUGGGCAGCUGCUUUUUGUCAGAAAAGCCUAAAACAGCCAUGCAGCUAGAAGACAUGGAGAUUCAGGCUGAACUACCAAUUCCCGUGAGGCCUCCUACAGAUACAAAAAAAGUAGCUUGUGCAAAAGAUGAGCUGCCUGGUCAUGUUCAAGGUGCCCAUCAGUUUGGACUUGCCAAAGGCAGCCACUUGAUGCUGCUCUUCAAUCAGACUACUGUCAGAAAAAAGCUUUCUGUCCAGCUGAAUCUUAGAACCUUUGCCUCCAGUGGCCUGAUUUACUACAUGGCUCACCAGAACCAAAUUGAUUAUGCAGCCUUACAGCUUCUUGGGGGACAGCUCUAUUUUUCAUUUGAUUUAGGCAAAGGAAGAGCAGUAGCUUCUCACCCUGCUAUUAUCAAUGAUGGAAAAUGGCAUACGAUAAGGACAGAAUAUGUUAAAAGAAAAGGUAUCAUCAUUGUGGACGGACAGGAAUUGGUAUCAGUCAGUGCCCUGGGAGAUGGCAGCACUUUGGAUGUGGAGGGCAAGCUGUAUGUGGGAGGACUCCCCUUAGACUAUGUGGCGAAGAAUCUUGGAAAUGUGACUCACAGCAUUCCUGCCUGCAUUGGCAGUAUGACGAUUAACAGCAAGCAACUGGAUAAGGAGAGCCCUGUCUCCAUCUUUGCUGUGAAUAAAUGCUAUGCAACAGUGCAGGAUGGCACAUUCUUUGAUGGAAGUGGUUUUGCUGCUCUUGUCAGAGAAGGUUACAAAGUCCGGACUGAUGUGAACAUCACGCUUGAGUUUCGUACUACAGCCAUGCAUGGAGUUCUCCUUGGAAUCAGCAGCGCUAAAGUUGAUGCCAUUGGAUUGGAGAUUGUAAAUGGCAAGGUUUUAUUCCAUGUCAACAAUGGAGCUGGCAGAAUAACAGCUAUGUAUGAACCAGGAGUUGCAAACAGUUUAUGUGAUGGAAAAUGGCACAAGCUUCAAGCAAACACAAGCAAAUAUCGUAUCUCACUGAUAAUUGAUGGGAAUUUGGUUCAAACUGAUAAUCCCCACAUUCAGUCAACAUCUGCAGAUACAAACAAUCCCAUUUAUGUUGGAGGUUAUCCUGGUGAUGUGAAACAGAACUGUCUCACAAGCAAGACCUCAUUCCAUGGCUGUCUGAGGAACCUCAUGCUAACCAAGGGCCAACAGGCUGACUUGUUUGACUUCAGCAGAGCUUUUGACCUGCGUGGAGUCUUUCCUCAUUCCUGCCCCGGAGCUCAGAAAUGAACUGAACAAGGCCUGUCAGGGUUUUUUUUUGUUUAUCAGUUGUUUAUCAUUCUCAUUUCAUAAUGGAAAGAAUUCCCCCCCCCCCCCUUUUUUUUUUUUUUUUUUUUUUUUUUUGUGAGAGUCUGCAUCUCUUUGAUCUUCUGAUUGUUUUUCAACUCAGGUCAUCUUUUUUUUUAGUCAGAAACUCUAUGUCUGUAUUGAACUAGAAUUUUUCGAAAUAACAAAUACCUCUACUACAAUAUUUAGUGACAUUAAUUGGAUAUUUCUCUUUUGGGAAUUUUUAUUAAUCGGUGUUUACAAUAUGUGUUCUCUUGAUUACUUGUCAGUAUUUCAUUUUAUUGUGUGUUGGUCAUUUUAUAAACAGGUAAUAAUGUUGAGCCACAUGAUAAAAC